AUGUUUUCAUUAUUAAAAUCAUCUGUAUUUUCAGUUACAACAUCAAAUACUACUACUGCUGCUGCAGUAGUUAUUUCAACUACAUCAUCAAGAUUCUUUGGUUCUUCAAGUUUCAUGUUGAAUAGAUUCAAUAACAAUUACAACAACAAUAAUAAUAAUAGAUCAUUCAAUAACUAUAAUAAUAAUAAUAAUCAAAAUCAAUCAUCUUUUGGUUAUCAACAACAACAACAACAACAAACAAGAGCACCAAGAGAUGGUGUAAAGUUUUCAUUUGGUCAAAAACAACAACAACAACAACAAGAUGACGACUCUGAACCAAUGAAUAUGGGAUUUAUUGAAAGAAGUGGUGGUUCAAACAAGAUGAUGGGUAAUGGUGGAGGUGAUGCUCAAAAUCCACUUGCUCCAGUUGACUGGUCAUUGGAACAAUUACCAGCCAUUGAACCAGUAGACUAUGUCCCAUCUGAAAACACUGCAUCCAUGACACCAGCCGAUCGUGACGCCUAUUUCAAGGAUAACAACAUCUUUGUCACUUCUCGUGAUCAAUCUGCCGUUCCAAAUCCAAUCACAGAGUUUGAUGAUUCCCCAUUCCCAGCUCAAAUUAAAAGUAUUUUAAAUACAAACUUUGAAAAACCUUCUGUUAUUCAAACUAUUGGAUGGCCAUCAAGUUUGGCAGGAAGAGAUUUAUUAGGUAUUUCACAAACUGGAUCUGGUAAAACACUUUCAUUUGGUAUUCCAGCUAUUAUGCAUAUUUUAGCUCAAAAACAAGUUAAAUACUUUGGACCACAAGUAUUAGUAGUAGCACCAACAAGAGAAUUAAGUGUACAAAUUGCACAAGAGAUGGCACCAUAUUUAAAGGCAUGUGGAUUAAAGUUUGCAACAUUGUAUGGAGGUGAUCCCAAGAUUAAACAAAUCGAACAAAUGAGAUACAAGCCACAAUUUGUUGUUGGCACACCAGGACGUAUUCUUGAUUUGGCCAAUGAUGGAUACCUCUCACUCAAACGUACUUCAUACGUUGUAUUGGAUGAAGCCGAUCGUAUGCUCGAGAUGGGUUUUGAAGAUCAAAUCCGUCAAAUCUUUUCCAAUGUUCGUCCAGACCACCAACUUUUGUACUGGACUGCCACCUGGCCCAAAAAGGUCGAGGCUCUUGCCAACGAAUUCAUCAAGACACCCAUCCGUGUCCAAGUCGGUAACGGUGAACUCUCUGCCAACCCAAACAUCACCCAAAACUUUACCAUUUGCGAGACCGAGGCUGACAAGACCUCCAAGUUGAUCGACGUUCUCGAAGGCAUCUUUACCGAGCGUCCAACCGCCAAGGUGCUCAUUUUCACCAUGACCAAGGGCGGUGCCGACAAGCUCGCCGAUUACAUUCGUUCCAAUGGAAACGCCCGUAUCGACUCUAUCCACGGCGACAAGCAACAGAGCCGUCGUAUCGCCAUCAUCAACGCCUUCAAGCGUGACCAACUCGACAUUUUGGUCGCUACCGAUGUUGCCUCGCGUGGUUUGGAUAUCCGUACCAUCACCGAUGUCAUCAACUUUUCAAUGCCAAAUCAAUCCGAAUCCUACGUUCAUCGUAUCGGUCGUACCGCUCGUGCUGGCGCUUCCGGUUACUCUCACUCUCUCAUCUCCAAAACUUCAAGCAACGAUAUCGAAUUAAUCCCAGAUGUCAUUGAUCUUUUAGAACGUGCCAAUCAACCAAUCCCUGAAGAUCUCAAAGCUUUAGCUCCAAGAAAACAACAAAAUAAUAGUUACAACAAUAGAGGUUUUGGUGGAAACAGAGGUUACAAUAAUAAUAGAGGUGGAGGUCGUGGUGGUUACAAUAAUAAUAGAGGUGGAAGUCGUGGUGGUUAUAAUAACAAUAACAAUGGUGGAGGUAGUAGAUUUGGUGGUCAAAGAUCAGGUCCAAUAUCUUUUGGUGGUAAUUAA